UCAUUUCAUUUGAAACGUAUCAACAAUUAUCAUUAAUCGUUGAAAAAUUAUUUUUGUUGGAUGUUUGAAAAUUUGUUAAUUUGUUAAUUUUUUUUUCUUCACAACAAUGGAUGAUUCAAUAUUGGAUGAAUAUCGAGAUUCCAUUAAUGAUUAUUUUGAUGAUGAUCUUGAGACUUCUAUAUCGAAUAAUGGUGAAAAAAUGCUUCAAAAGAUCAAACUUUAUGAUAAUUGUCUUCCAUAUUGUGAACAAUUGGAGCUUAUACGUGUGAAAUAUUUGGAUUAUUUAAAAAGAAAUCUAUGUCAUUCAAUGUUGAGUGAUAAUAAUGGUUAUCUCUUUUUAAAAUGGAUGGAUGAAUUUUCAUCAUAUAUUUCAAUCUAUGAUCUUGCUUUCAACAAAGCUGAACACAUUUUUCUUACGAAAUUAUUAUAUAAUUCCUUAACAUUUUUCCAAUAUGAUUAUCAAAUAUCAAAGAAAUUGAUGGAAUUAUUAUCCAAACUUUUAAAAGAGAGAAGAUUAAUUUCCAGAUCGGAACUAGAACUUGAUUGGCAUGUUCUUUAUGCUUUUCAUAAAAAUUUUGACGAUCCUAUCCAUAAAUCAAGCAAUGGUAACCUCGUAAAGAAUGCUCAAAAAAAAGAAUUGAUAAGACUGACUGUCCAUGCCAGGGCCUAUUUUUCGAAAGAUUCUACCAAAGAAAUGUUGAAUGAAUGGAAACAAUAUCUUUGUGUACAUGCUAAAAAAUAUAAACAAUAUCUUGAUUAUUUUAGUUUGUUUUUGCCUACAUUGCUUCCACCCGAAGAAUUUGAAUUUGGAUUCAAACUUUGGUUUGAUGAUUUUAUUGAUAUGCUCAAUUGGUUUCAAGUACCACCAACAUCAUUAUUGAAUUUGUUAACUCGUUUAGCUGAAGAUGUUCAUGGCUAUAUCGACUGGGAGCCAUAUUUGCCUUAUUUUUUUCAAAAGCUAAGUCCUAAAUUGACUCCAUCAAUUCAAUUCAAUAUUUUUUAUUAUCUUAAAUUAUUAACAUGGAUAAUUUCACCAAAUAAUAUUGAAAAAAAUAUUUAUUAUGCAAAAAAACUUUUGCUGAUUGCAAAGAAUAGUCGAACUAGAUUUCUUUCAAAACCAUCUUCGUUUGUUUCUUGUCAUUUAGCCAUGUUGAUUGUGCAAAGAUAUAAAAAAGAGCAACGAAAUCUUUGGUACAAUUAUACUCCUAACAACUAUAAACUUGAUGAUAAAACAUUUAAUGAAUUUGGUGCCAUAUUGUUAGAAAAUUUUAUCGAUUCAUAUUUCUACGGAACACAAUCACAACUUAGCUAUGAACAACUAUACGCUAUUGUUAAUUUAAAUCCUGAAUUGAUUGCCGAAAAAAUUCCGGAAAAAUUACAAAUUGCUUAUGAUCAAAUUUCCGAACCAUGGCGAUUGGAAGCAAUUUUAAAAUUAUAUUCUGUAUCCAUAUUUCCAAUUAUAUUGGAUAAUAAAAUUGGACCAAAAUAUCGUAUAGAAUUGAUUCCAAUGUUGUUUCAAUUGAUCGAAUUAUUCAAUCCAUAUGAUCAUAAUCUUUGUUUGAUACAAUUGUUUGCCAUUAAAUCGAUAUUGAUUUUGGAAUUUCCACUUAUUGAUUGUUCAUCAUUAUGCAAUAGUUCUGAUAAAAUUUUAACCGAAUAUGAAACAGAAAUGUGUUUACAAUCAAUACGUUUAGAAGAAUUUCCCAUUUGUUUUAUGAGAUGUUGUCAAAACAUGAUCGAUUCGAAUAAUGAACAUUUAUUUGAUAAUCUAAAAAAAUCCGAUUCAUUAGCAAUCAUAAUGUUUUCCAUUCUAACUCGUACAACCGAAACAAUAGCUAAAUCAUUUAUCGAUAAUUUUAUAUCAUUUAUUGUUUCGAAUAUAUAUGAAGAUGGAUAUAUUGUAAUAAAAAUCAUUAUGGAAUCAAUAGCAAUGAUAUAUCCUGAAUAUAUGAUGAAAAAAUUAUUUCCAUUAAUUUCUGAACAUUUAAAUAUACUUGUACUCAAUAGAGAUACAAAAUUAUCAACAUGUUUAGAAAAAGAUUUAAGAUAUCAUAUUGAAAUAUUUAGAAAUUUAUUCUAUUGCAAUUCAGAAUUAUUAUCUAAUUAUCAAGAUGAAAUACUAAUUUUAAUUGAAAAAAUUAGUAAUUUAAAAAUAAAUUCACAAUAUUUUAUGGUUUAUUGUUUAUUAAGUGAUUUAUUUGAUAAUUUAUUUACUGAAAAAAUUGCCAUUGAUUUACAAAAAAUUGAACCAAAAAUGAUGAUAUUUGAAAAUUGGCCUAAAUUGAUUACAACGAAAAAAUUUUCAGUUAAAUGGUAUCAAACAACAACUAAUGUAUUAAAUUUUGCUCAUCAUUUAAUAGAAAUUUUUAUAAAAAAUAAGCUCAUUUUGUUGGAAGAUUGGAUCGAAUCAAAAUCAACAAUGACAAACGAUGAAUUAUUGAAAAAUUUAAGACUUAUAUCAUCAGUUAAUGGAUUAAUAAUUGAUUCACCAAAAUUCUUAUCAUUUUCAUUAGAUAAUUCAACUUUAUAUUCAUCAAAUAUGAAAAAUCCUUUAUUGAAUGAUUUAAUCAACUUGAAUGAACAUAUCAUAAAUGUUAUAAACAAAGUUUUGAUCAAAUUAGAAACAAUUAAAUCCGGUGAUACCCAAUCAUAUGAAGAGAUCAUUUAUAUCUAUUGCCAAAUUUCAAAGAAAUCGUCUCGUUUUCAAUGCAAAAAAAUUCCAAAAAAACGUUUAUAUCAAUGUCGAAAUAAAUUGAAUGAAUACGUUUGGCUUGUUCAUUUUUAUUCUGUUAUGAUUCGUGAUGCUUCCAUACGAAUCAAUCUGAUAAAUACUUUACAAAAACGUCAAAAUGAAACAGAUAUUUGCAUAAUGAAGAAUUUACUUUUAUUGUCUCAAUCAAAUUAUCCCACAGUCAGAUAUGAUGCUGAAAAAACUUUUGGAAAAAUAUUUUCACAUCAUUUGGAUUCAUCAAAAUUUAUUUCCGAUGAAUUAAUCGAUAAAUUAAACACAAAAGAUGCUGAUUCUUUGAUCGGUGUCCUACAUUUAUUACAUUGUAAUUCUGAUCGUUCUUUAAUGUUUUGCUCUUCAUGGAAUACAUUAUUGAAAUUAUAUCCAAUUUUGGUACGAAUCAAUUUGUCCGAAAAGCUUGAAAUAAUCGAUAUAUUUGAUGUAGAUUUUUUUUUGCUAUUUACUGAUCAUAAGUUUAUGAUACCAUUGGAAAAAAAUCAUUCAUUAGAAUUAUUGUCUGGUUAUUUUGAAGAAGGAAAAUCAUUGUUCUUCCAAUCGAUCACUGAAAAAGAAAUUGAAGAUUUUAGACAGAAGAUAAUUGAUUCAAAUCAAAAUAAUCGUAUUACAUAUUUGAAAUUGGUUGAACAACUUUUGACCGUAAUGCGAGAUGAAAAUUUACAUUGGCGUUUUUAUCAUUUUGGAUUUUUGCUUCUAAACAAUCUAAUUCGCAAUGAUAUUGAUUUUCCUUUGAAUGGUAUUGAAUUUUUGAUACGAAAUUUAACACAUGAUUUACAACGUGUUCGAAAAAUAGCUCAAGAAGUUUUGGUCAAGAUUAUGUAUAUAAUGUUGCCCAAAAAAAUAACAAUAAAAAUCGAAAAUCUUAAAUCAAUUGAUUAUGAUUUGAAUUGUCAUCAAAAUGAAGAAACUUAUAAUCGACAAUUGUUUUUGGAUGAAAAUCAUUAUGGCUAU